GGGUUACUUCGUGACGAUUCUAGUUCCGGUCAUAUGAUUUCCGCUAAGGGACGGAAUCGCUAUCGGUACGCAUAAUGGCGUCAAGACUCGCGACUGGAAUUGCUCGUCGCUUUUUCGCUGUACACGGACCCUCUGCAACAGCUGGGGAACAUGGUGGAACCAAGAGAUGGAAGAUGUUAACGUUUCUUGUAGCACUUCCUGGUGUUGCUGUCUGCUACAUCAAUGCUUUCGUCCUACAUGGUAGCCACCCUGAGCGCCCAGAGUUUGUGCCUUAUCCUCAUCUCCGUUUACGCACGAAGAAAUUUCCCUGGGGUGAUGGAAACCACUCUCUCUUCCACAAUCCUCACCUGAAUGCUCUACCCGACGGCUACGAAGAUGAACACGAGCACGAGAUAACUGACGACGAAUGAUGAGCAUAGCUGAGACCAUGUCUGCACAACAGACAUGCUGUCAUGAUUCAUAGUUGGACAGUUAUGAUUUUGUGAACUUGUAAUAAAUACCAAUAAACCGUUUCCUCAUCUU